UGUGAAUGCAGGUGUUCAGUAAUGAGGUCUGUUGCCUGGUGUGUGGAUGGGAUUAAGGUGUCUCGCGCUCGGUGUGUCUCUGAAACUGGAGGUGGAGUGUAUCAUCCCUCAGCUGCUCAACUUGUGCAUUCUCUGUGACAUUAGUCUUCGGGUUGGUGGAUGGUCUGAUAUAAAUUGUAGUAAAGGUGGUGAUGUGAGAGAGACCAUGAGGCUCCUGACACUGGUUCUCAUACUGCACUCAUCACUCACAGCAGCCAGGAAGCUGCAAACCAUCGAGUUCAGCGAAAAGACUGAGCUCACCUGUGGCCAGGGCCUGACUGACUGCAAGAUUAAUAGAGGCAAUGACAGGCAAUGUUUUUGUCAUGAUGACAGUGUGUUGGUGAGGGGUCUUGCUGCUGAGGCAGUGCUGUGCCACAGUCAUCCAUGCCUGAAAAUCCACAUUAACUUCACAUUCGAAGGCUCUCAGGUGGGCUCAGGACUGUCUAGCGAGGCCAACAAUGAAGAAGAACGAGGUGAAAUGAAGGAAGAAGAGCAUGGGAGCAGCCUGGGUCUUCUCAGUCCUGCUGCAGCUUCAGCAUCUCUCCAAGUGUGCUACAGCAAACUGUUUUUUUACCUCUGUAGCCCAAACCUGGAAUUAGGCAAGGUGCCAGUGGGUUCAUAUUUAUUAAUCUGCUCCAGGAAGUCAUAUUCCACUGGAAUUACUUCAAAGGGCGCAGCUUCCAAAUAA